AUGCGUGUUGUGCACGCCGACCCUCUGGAAGACGUGACCGGCUGCCCCGCCUUCUUUCCGAAAGUCAGUCGCCAGGGAGCCCUCAAUUUGGUUCUUGUUUCUGAUUGCUGGUUUGAAGCUUCAAGGCCGUCCGGUUUUGAGAUCCAUGGAGCACACCUGGCAGGUAUGCCCGAGGCUGUCCUUCGAUGUAGAACGGGUGCACUCGUCCGCGACAGGGACCUCGACGCUGUACAGCUCCCGCGACCACCACUGCGUCGCGAACCCGACGACGCUGAAGAAGAAGUCGCUCUUGACGGCGAAGCCUUCCUGGCAGCCCGUGUUGUCCUGCCCGAUGCCGACACCGCCGGUGCCGACCCCCUGGCUCGCGGACAGCGUGAAGUCGUUGACCAGCUUGGAGCGUGUGGUGACGCCGGAGCUGAGGUCGAUGGCGCCGCUGAGGAUCUCGAAGACGAGCUCGACGCCCAGGUCGACAUAUGGGUUGACGCCGAUGGCGGCCCGCUCCGAGAUGUUGGCGUGCGCGGUCCAGACGGGGUCCCAGCCCGUCGCGGCCGUCGCGGCGGAGUCGACGAGGUCCAGGUGAAGCUUGGCGUCGGGGAAGGUGAGGCCGAGGUCCGUGGUGAUGCUCGCCACGGCGUCCGCCUCAAGCUCGACGCCGAUGGCGAAGCCCAGCGCGGGGCCGAGCUUGAUGAUGCCGGGGAUGUCCACGAAGCUUGUCGAACGUCAGUUCGGGCCGGGCGGGGGUGGAACAGAGCAGAGAGCACAUGGGCAGGAUGA